UGGGGGGCAGCUAACCCCGCCUGGCAGCAGCGCAGGGGCGCUCCCGGGGACCUGCAGGGGGUUGCUCCUUGACCCCUUCUCCCGGGAAGGCAGUGGCCAGAGAAGCAGGAUCGGCGCUGGCUUUUUUUCCCCCUGGAAACUUUUUUGCGGGUGCGCUCACUACAGCUAGGGACGCGCUCCCAGGCAGGCUCCGAAAGCCCAGGGACGAGGAGCGGUCGGAUGGUCUGCCCGGUGAGGAGCCAUGAGACCCGACGACAUUAACCCUCGGACGGGACUGGUGGUGGCUUUGGUCAGCGUCUUCCUGGUCUUUGGCUUCAUGUUCACCGUUUCUGGGAUGAAAGGGGAGACCCUGGGGGACAUCCCCCUCCUGGCCAUAGGGCCCGCGAUUUGCUUGCCGGGCAUCGCUGCCAUUGCACUCACGAGGAAAACGGACGGCUGCACCAAAUGGCCCGAGAACACGCGUCCCUGCUGCAAGAAGGGGAAAGACAAGGAAGUAGUGGAGCUGCUGCGGACGCCCUCGGAUCUGGAGUCGGGCAAGGGCAGCUGCGAUGAGCUGGCCAGACAGGCACACCUGCCGGGCAGGAGAGUGCCGAAGGGAGAGGACUCUGUGUCCAUCUGCACCACCACCACCACCACCACGGGAGAGUGCAAAAGCCUGAUCAAAAGGGUGGACCAGGAGGAGAUGCUGAGAUACCUGGAGACCUGUUAUCCGGAGAUGCCGGGGAACGUGUUCGUGGGAGAGGGUCCCACUUUCAGUGCCUUGGAGAAGACGAGCUCUUCUCCUCCCUGGGACAGAGUUGCCUGCCCUGACACAGAGGACAACAUUUUUGUGGCUCCAAAAGACAGUAUCAUUGUCUGUUCCUACAAGGAGAAUAACCCUUACGACAGAUACUGUUGUUAUAUAAACCCUACUGGAGUCAGCUCGGACCACGAGACUAUAGUUUGAAUGAUGCACCUUUUUCUAUUUCUCUAUGUAUUUCUACAGACUACAUCGUUCAGCUCUUAUAUGAAAAAGUAGCUGAUUGCACUGCAUGGAAAAACUCAUACUGUUACAAAUUUAAUCUGGUAUGUGACUGAUGCUCAAACCUUUUGUGCCUGAAAUACUUUCUGUAAGUAAAUAAGCAUGUUUAAGGCUAAGAACUCCUUCUUCUUUGUGGAAAUCAAUUUUAAUUAUUUUUUAAAAUGUCAGUGCUGAAUAUUUUGUCCAGACACCUCUCUUUCCUCACACUCUAGCGCCUAGACAAGCUGGCAAGAGGAAAGCAUUGACUGUCAGCUAAAAUCAAGGCAAGAGUCAAAAGUCUGGAGCUUGCGGUGUAAACCAACAUGCAAUAUGGAUGAGUGACUCUUACAAAUAGUGUCACUUCCUUUAUUUCUGAAGGAAUUGAUAGAGGUCAACUUGCAGUUAAAUUAGUUGGCUGCCUGAUGUCUAGCUGUUAGAAAAUCUUUUCAGUUUAACCACCCUUAGACUCAAGUGAGGAAAACCAGGGAGCCAAAGUCUGAAUUCAGUGUUCUGUUCUUACUAGAUUUUACAUGACCAUGUUUUAAGAAAUCAAAAAGCAGCAUUGUACACUAUUGUAUUGCAAGCCUCCUGAGUUCAGGAAGGGGAAUAGGAUAGAGAGAAUUUUCAAAGGCAAAUCUAUCAACAGUCAUAUCAGAGGUGCAAAUGUUAGGCACUUUGGUUCAUUGUCAUUUGUUAAUGAAUCCACCAAGGUCUUUCUAAUAUGUUUGACACUUACAGCUGUAUUUAACAACAUGAUAGCAAUUAAAUAAUUGAAGAGACUUAGCAACAGCAAUCACUGACUGCAUUUAGGAUUGUAAAAAUAUAUGCAAGAACCUCUAAAAUCACUUGGAGAUUUUGGGCCUGAUCCAGCUUCCAGUGAAGUCAACAGACAGACUUCUAUUGGCUGUAAUAGAAGCUGGAUUAGGUUCUUAGGGAAAUGUCAUCUUCACAUACCUUUUCAACAACUCCAGAUGUUUAUCCAUAAUGACAUUUUAUUCAAUAUUAUGAAAAUCAUUUUAAGGUGGGGAAAACCAGAGAAAUGUGGUUGGCUAGAGUUUUUCACAACUAUGCUGUAUGUUUUGUUAACUAGUUCACUGAUCACAGAUGCAUAGUACUGGAACCAUGACCUGAAAGAUGCAGUUAACAUAGUGGUUAACCCUUCAGAGCCUGCAGACUGCCCACCUAUAUAUAACACAAUUACAUUCACAUUCUACAGCGUACACAUAACCUAACGUGACAGUAUAGAUGCAGUGUAAUAUAAAUGUAAUCUAUACAGCCAGUCUGAGGGUUAAACUGUUAAAAAUGUUUGCUCAAGCAUAAAAUAAUUUGUUAGCAUUUCACAGACGAAGCCUUGAUUUCCGUAACUAAAUGGUUAUCAUAGCUCUGAAAAGCCUUUCUGUGUUGGAAGUCUUAAUAACAGUUCGAGCUUUAGUUAUUUGUAAUAAACCAUAAUUUGUACCAGACAGAUUUAUUGAACUACCAGUGGGAAAAGAAUCCACCCCUGGCUAACAGAAGCCUGGGAAUAUUCUGCAGAAACUGCUGUGGAAUUUUCCACUGACAGAUUGUAAGCGGAGCAACUCCUCAUUAUGUCUGUGCAAUUAUUUGGAAAAUAAAGGGAAACCUCAGGCAUCCUCAGGGUCCAUCCAUUUGGAAACUGCUCUCAAAUCGUUACAGACAAGCAGCUCAAAGGAGAUUGCCAAAGGGAGGGUUGGGAAGAUUUCCCAGCAUGGGCAUUCUCUGCUUCUCUUUGGUGCACUAAAUGUAACAUUGUUUAUUUUAUUUAUGCAUUUAUGUACUGAUUUUCCACACUCUGCUCACUUCUGUGGCAUCAGGGUGCAGUUCAAACAAAUAAAGAAAAUGCAGGUUUUUUGUCUCAGUCAGAGACAGCCAGUUAUUAAUAUACCACAGCUCUUGCUACUGUGGUGUGCAGUUCAGGGACUUGUAUUUGCAAAACUCAAGCUUUUGUGGGCCAUAUGAGUAAAUGAGUCCCACAGAGAGAGACCCUCACUGAAAAGGUUCAACUUCCAGCCCUGGAAAAAACACUCCAGGGAUGGUCACCAGAAAUAGAUCAAGAGAUCGUAAUCAUCAUAAAAGAACAUAUGGCCUGAUCCUGAAAGGUGUUGAGCACCUCCUGAAUGCUGCUGAAAACCAAAUCCUGCUCCUAUUGAAGUCAACAGCUAAAAUUCAACUGACUCCCAUGGUGCAGAAUAAGGCCUUUUGAGUGCCUUCAGCCCUUAUACGUAGAUGUCGAGGAUGUUUAAUAUAGUGCAAGAGGAGCUUAACACCACUGGAAUCAGGUGCAUGGUCAGAAAAGCAACCUCUUAGGUAUUGGAGUCCAGAAUCAAUCAGGGUUGUAGAGACUGCCAUGAAAACAGCCCCUUGCAUUGUGUUUGGUAGCAAGUAAGUUUCCCUUGCAGAGAUCAGGGCAGUUCUGCACAUAUGUAUGAAAAUAGGAUUGGAUGUUUCUUUGCUUAGGCUGAACAGCUGCCAAACCACACAUUUUAAAAGUAGUAGAAAGGUCUCUUAUAAGUCAAGGCAAUAAAUUCUAGUGGUAAAUGGCAUGACAAAGAUAUAAUACGCAAUGCAAUCAAGCAAUUCUGAGUCAUGCCCUAUAUUCCAUUCUUACUGUUUGAUUUUAGGAUUUUGCUUUAAAAAAAAAUGAAAGCAGAUUUUAUGGUAGUGAAAAUGGCACACAGUUUCUAAAAAUGAAUGUUAAAAAUAGUGAAGAUUAUGGGUAAAAUCCUGUCUCCAUUGAAGGCAAUGGGUCCACAAUUUUACAUUUUAAGAUGUCAUAUACUUAGGAGUCAUUAUAGGUAAAUUAACAUAAGCACAAAUAGAAAUCUGAAGCCAGAGGAAUAUGGAUACAUUUUCUCUGAAAUAUCUUUACCUGAGAAUCUUUGCUUUUCCCAUGUUCAGUAUUACUCUUAAUUAACAGGACAGAGUGAAACCAGGGAUGAAUUGGGCCAUUAAAAAUAAAAGUGGCUCUAGGGUCUGCUCCAAAGCCCUUUGGAUAGACAAGGUCUUGUCUAGACUGCAGCACUUUUCCGGGAUACCAGAGGUUUUGCUUUUCCAGACGUAUCCCGGAAAAUCAAUGCCGCAUUCAAGGAAUGCGUCCACUUCUCCAAAAAAAAUUUCGGAAUAGCAGAUGUGCUCCUUUGCCACCCCGUAAACCUCGUUCUACGAGGCAUAAGGGAUGUGUUGAAAGAGCAGGUUUUUCCAAAA